UUGAUUUUGACAGUAUCACGACAACUGUUUGUGUAUAAAAAACAAUCAGCUGUUUUAGCCAGACAAUCUUGUAUGAAUUCAGCUUUAUUUACCGUUUUAUUUGUGAGGCUUCCCGACAGAACACCAAUUGUCUAAGAAAUUUAUUUCUUGCUGAACAACAAUGUCCUGGGGAGAAACAUUAACUUACAUAACUGUUGGUAAUCCCAUCAGUCAGGCUGUGCUGACUUCAGCUUCGGCUGUCUUGAAAGGAGCAGGCAUUAAACCGAAACAAGUUGAAGGCUCUGUUGUUUUGCCUCCUCCGAAACCAAUAACUAUGUGGGAUCUAACUAGCAAGAACUAUCAUUUUGUGCGUUUAGCUGGUAUAAGUGGAGCUACUGCCGUUAUUAUGGGCGCUUAUGGCAAGCAUAGUUUAGCCAAAAUCUAUGAUAUUCAGGAGAAAUUGGAAGCAAAAGCUGUAUUCGAAACGGCUAAUAGAUUCCACUUUUUACAUUCAUUUGCAUUAUUGGCCAUGCCAUUAGCCCGUCGACCGGCUUUG